GGGACUGGGCCGGGCCAGGUUCUCUGCUGUCCCGGGUCCUGGAGCGCUCUCGCGGAGCGGGUCUCUUUCCCGACCCUCAGGUUCCUCCUUGACCCACCAGGCUAGACUCCGCAGGCUUGGCGACUGUGGUCUGGCCUUGCUUCAAGCACUGCGCUCUGAGCCAGGCGGCUACGUGGUCCCUGUCGGGCUGAGCUCCUCACUACCCCAGGACUGCGUCCCUGGAGAUUCCAAGGGCGAGGGCUCUGCAUUCACUCCUACCUGAGUGGCCUCUGUUGGUGCUUCCACAGGACCAUGGUGCAGAAGUACCAGUCUCCUGUUCGCAUCUACAAGUACCCAUUUGAGCUGGUCAUGGCGGCCUACGAGAAGCGCUUCCCCACCUGCCCACAGAUCCCUGUCUUCCUGGGCAGCGAGAUCCUGUGCGAGUCCCGUAGCGAGGAUGGCGCGGUGCACGUGGUGGAGCGUAGCUGCCGGCUACGCGUGGAAGCCCCGCGGCUGCUGCGGAAGAUCGCUGGUGUGGAGCACGUGGUUUUCGUGCAGAAAAACGUCUUGAACUGGAAAGAGAGGACCCUCCACAUCGAAGCGCACAAUGAGACUUUCGCUAGCCGCGUGGUGGUCCAUGAGAACUGCAGCUACACGGUCCACCCCGAGAAUGAAGAGUGGACUUGCUUUGAGCAAUCUGCCUCACUUGACAUUCGGUCCUUCUUUGGCUUUGAAAGUGCCUUGGAAAAGAUUGCAAUGAAGCAGUACACAGCCAACGUCAAGAGGGGGAAGGAGGUGAUUGAGCAUUACCUGAACGAGCUCAUCUCUCAGGGCACCUCUCACAUUCCCCGGUGGACGCCUGCCCCAGUCCGAGAGGAGGACGCCCGCUCCCAGCCUGGGCUGGGAGAUCCCAGCUCCCUGGAGGCGGAUGGGCCCAGAAGCACCCAGGGCGCCGAUUCAGAGAUGGUGGGUUCUGACGGGGACAAGCUGGAUGUAGACUACAUUGAAAGGUGCCUGGGCCACCUCACGCCCAUGCAGGAGAGCUGCCUGAUUCAGCUUCGGCACUGGCUGCAGGAGACGCACAAAGGCAAGAUUCCCAAAGACCAGCACAUCCUUCGGUUCCUGCGGGCUCGUGACUUCCACCUAGACAAGGCCCGGGAGAUGCUGUGCCAGUCCUUGAGCUGGCGAAAGCAGCACCAGGUGGACCUCCUCCUUCAGACCUGGCACCCCCCUGCCCUCCUGGAGGAGUUCUAUGCGGGGGGCUGGCACUACCAGGACACAGACGGCCGCCCGCUGUACAUCCUGCGACUGGGACACAUGGACACCAAAGGCUUGAUGAAGGCUGUGGGGGAGGAGGCGCUGCUGCAGCACGUUCUUUCCGUCAACGAGGAAGGACAGAAGAGGUGUGAAGGGAACACCAAGCAGUUUGGCCGUCCCAUCAGCUCCUGGACCUGCCUGGUGGACCUGGAAGGGCUCAACAUGCGGCACCUGUGGCGGCCAGGGGUGAAGGCCUUCCUGCGGAUAAUUGAGGUGGUGGAGGACAACUACCCAGAGACCCUGGGGCGGCUGCUCAUUGUGCGCGCCCCCCGCGUCUUCCCUGUGCUCUGGACGCUGAUCAGCCCCUUCAUCAACGAGAACACCAGGCAGAAGUUCCUCAUCUACAGCGGCAGCAACUACCAGGGCCCUGGAGGCCUCGUCGACUACCUGGACAGAGAAGUGAUCCCCGACUUCCUCGGGGGAGAGUGUGUGUGUAAUGUCCCUGAAGGAGGGCUGGUCCCCAAGUCCCUCUAUCUGACAGAUGAGGAACAGGAGCACGCAGAUCAGCUGCACCAGUGGAGAGAGACCUACCAGUCGGCCAGCGUGCUCCGCGGGGCCCCCCAUGAGGUUGCUGUGGAGAUUCUGGAGGGGGACUCAGUUAUCACCUGGGAUUUUGACAUCCUACGGGGAGACGUGGUGUUCAGCCUGUACUACACCAAGCAGUCACCCAAGCUGGGCCCCUGGGAGCCUGCGGCCAGGGCCAGUGGGCAGCUGAUGGACAAAGCCUGGACCCUGGGUGCAGAUUACAGCCGUGUGGAGGCCCCCCUCAUCUGCCGGGAAGGGGAGAGCAUACAGGGCUCCCAUGUGACCCGGUGGCCUGGCAUCUACCUGCUCCAGUGGCAAAUGCAUACGCCCCCUGGCAAUGUGGUGGAGGACGUCCUGACGGCCCUACACAGCCCUGGCACCAGGUGCAAACUCCUCUACUACUACGAGGUGCUGGCUUCUGAGGACUUCAGGGGCUCCAUGUCCAGCCUGGAAUCCUGCACCAGCCAUUUCUCCCAGCUCAGUGCUGCUACCUCCUCCUCUGGCCAGUCCCACAGCAGCUCCCUGGUCUCCAGAUAGCCAGACUGAGCACUGCGGGGAAGCCCACUCACCUACCAUGUCCUCAGGUGUCUACAACCAGAAGCCAGCCUGCUGCAUGACCAGAGCCCAUGGGGGCUGCUGCCCUGGUCUGGAUGCUGCCAAAGCUGGGAUGUCUGCUACCGACAGCAAAGAUUCAGCUCGUGGCCUGUGCGUGGUGGGAGCCCCUAAGUCAGAUCCAUCUCCUUUGGACUUUGUGUAACAAAAAGCCAAGGAGUUGGUGGACCACCUUCAGAUCUGCCUGGUCUGGGGGUUCAGGGAUAUCAUGAGGCUCAGCCCCCUCCUUUACUUCUGCCUCUGCUUUCCCCAGGAUGGCCUCCUUCUCAGGUGCCUUUCCCAUUGCCAUGAAGCUCCUUCCCUCUUUCCACCCAGCUCAGCUCCAGAAGACAACUUCCUUCUCCCAAAGUUCUUCCAAACUCCCAGAAUUGAGUCUAAUCAGCCUGCCUGGGUCCCAUCCUGGUCCCGGAACCAAUCACAGUUGCCCAGGAAAUGGAGAACACUGAUUGGCUAGCAGGGUCUUAAAUCCAAUCUGGAUUAAUUACUGUGUGGGAGGGGGGUGCAAUGUUGUCCAGCAUGGACCACAUGCUUGUCCCUGGAGCCAACCACAUGGCCUAAAAAGCACAAGGGGCCUCUAGGAAUAUUAGGGUCCCCCAGGGAGAAGGAGGAAAGAAUACUGGGCAAGCAGAAGUGACAAAUGUUCAUCAUAGCAUCUGAUUCCAUGCUUUGCUUUAUGUCCCAAGAUGGGUACUGUGGGCAGUUAUGUGAGUUACAGACUUUGCUUUUUGUGGGAAGCAGCCCGCCCUGGACUUGAAAUCCAUUUUCCUAGAGCUCAGCUGGAAAGGCCUAACCCUGACCAUCCUUAACUUGAAGAGGUGGGAAGGCACCGGAUUUCUGCCGAGUUUCAGGCAGUGAUGAAGUGGCUCCAGCUGUUUUUACACUCCUCUGGGGCUCCCUUUCUGUCCUGGGUGCUCUUUAAUUAUGACUUUUUUAGUUGUAAGUUAUAGAGAUCCACAUAAAAAGCGUCCAGGAGGGCUUGCUUCACAUCUAGCUGGACCCAGGGUCUCAACCUGCCAUCAGGACCCCCUGUGGGGUGGAGGCUACAACUUUGGUGAGUCUACCCUGGGUUUCCUGUGACCUCUGGAAGCAGCUCCAGUAUUGACAACCUUUCCCUGAUUUCCUGUGUGGGAGAGUCUUGUGUGUCCUUGGGGCCUGAAGACAUUUCUCUUUUCCUUUCCUGGGCCUCCCCAAAAGACAGCAGGUCAGAGGUCACUAAGUGGCAGCCUGCUGCCUGAUCUGGCCUGCCUUUAGUGUUUUUAUUUUUUGCCUAUAGAGCGAUUUAAAAAUUGGGGCAUUUCAUCCAGAAAUCAAGAUUGCUGGCUUCCCUUGGGCAUUUGGGAGUGUUGGCAAAAUAGGCCACUAUCGUCACAGAAAGGCAACAAACAUAGUUUUACCCUGGAUGGGGCCAUGCCAGGCCCCACCACUCUCUACAGACCCACCCCUAGCCCACACCACUCACUUGCCUUGUCUGCCUGGGACAGACCUCACUGAAAUGGCUUAGCAGGCAGCCUGGGCUCCAGUCUGGGGCCUAGAGGACCAGCAAUGCUUUUAUCUUGUAACCUUGCUUACAGUUGGAGAUGGUCUCUGGCCAACAUCCAGAGUCACGGGACCUUGCCCAAUAGGUGUAUUUAUAAUCCUGGGGAUCCUUGCUUCCCUGCAGGCUUGGCAUGAUGGGGCAGGAAGAGCAAGGUUACUUCCACACCAACCUCAACCCCAAACCUGGAGCUGAGAGGAAGGAGACAUCCUUCUUCCUGCACAAGGGAGCCUUGUCCACCUCUGUAGUUUUCCACUUGCUUCUCAGGUAUAGGAACAAAAUCCAGAACUGCAUUCUGCAUCAAGGUGUGUGUGUGUGCACAUGUGAGGGAGAGAGAGGGAGGGAGAUUGGAGACGUUCUCAAAAGGAAUUGCUCCCAUGUGACCAGCCAUUUAUCACUGAGAGCAAUUUGCAAUACUGUCAACUACCUUUCUGUGAAUUUCUAGCUUGCCUCUAAAAAUUAUGUGUUAUCCUAGAAGCAUUUUGGGGUAAGCUGCCCUAGCACUUCCUACACGCUUACUGUCUAAGACUAGUACCCAGUGAAGGAGGGAGAAGCCUUUCCUUGACUUGGGGUUAGAAGUGGCUUCUGACAACUGGAAUCUGGGUCUGCCGAUCCCAGAGACAAGGGCCUGCCAUCAGCAGUCCGGCUUUUACAGGAGGAACAAGGGGCCUCGGGCCCAGUCAGACCUCCCCUUCAGAGCUCCCCUGCUCUCUCAGCUUCACCCAGGUCCCUUGGUUCCACAUCUCUUUGGACACCAGCCUCAUCCUCUCUUCUAUCUGAUGGGAAGGGCUACCAGCAACCCCUGGUCUACAACCACAUGGCUUGCCAUCACUAAAGAUGAGAGAGGUGCUCUUUCCAUUUCAUAUUCUAUAGACAGCCUGGACUGGCCCUGCACGAGUUACAUGCUCACCCCUGUGGAUGUACUGGCUAAGGGGGUGUAGGCUCUGUGAUUGACAUUCCCUCCAGGCAUGACAGUGGGGUGGGGGAGGACCAGUCACCAAGGACAAGGGGAGCUGGGCCAGAGAAGCAGCAGAUGGCCAUGGUGGUGUCUACCACGGUUCUCCUGAACUGCAGGUCUCUAGGGCUCAUGCUGGAACGUAUCAACCAAUAUGCCAUCUUCUUACCUUUGAGAGGCUAGGAAUUAAAAAUCCAAGGAAGGGCUGCUAAGCUCUUGAUAUUUAAAUUUCUCUGGACCCCAGGGCUGGAAGCUCGUUGGCUUGGCUUUUUUCUC